CUUUUUCUUCCUAAACAGGUUUCGCCGUGAAUCUCCAGGUGAUCCUGGCAAAACCACGGGCUCAGUUUAAACGGCGGGGCUCUCAGCCCGGGAUGCAGGAGUCGGACUUCCUCAAUCAGAUCACCAAGGUGACCGAUUUGGAGCCCAAGGCGAAUAACUGCACACGGGUGCUGGUUUGGCACACGCGCACGGAGAAGCCUCACCUCGCAAACGAGCCAAAACAUCGAAAGGACACCGUGGUCAUCGAGGUGUGACGGGGGCAGCCCCUUUUUUGACCGGUCUGACCGGGACUGACGGACAGCAUCUCGCUCCUCCUCCUUAUUGCCCUGAUACAAUCAGCUCGCGGUGGACACGGACUCUGAGGAGCUGCAUGAUUCACAACUCUCGUCAGACACUCCUUUGUGAGGAACUGCCUAGCUCAGAAUAUGUAUUUCCAAACCUGGACGGACUCGCGUAAUUGUUUUUCCAUCUUUCAACCUUUCAUCCAGCCUGCUGAUGUAUAAAUUAAAGUGUAAGUGUAAAAAAAAACAAAACAUGUUAUUGGACUUAAAAGUGCCAUGUGAAUCAUAUUGACUCAUUGAUAUGUAUUUUUUUUUAUUAUCAAAAUGUCACUGUCGAAUUCACUGUGAUCUAAAGAAGACUCAUGGUCCCGAUAAUUGGUAGAUGCCUGUAUUGUUUGUGAUAAUGAACUUUGAGAGAUUUCUGAGGAAGCAAACAUGCAGGGAGAGAAGAAAUCCACUUUUCACAUUUAUGCACUGAGAGUAAAACCAGUACGACUGCAAUUACCAACUAGCUUUGUACAAAAGUUUGCAGCAGGAUUCAAAUAUUAAAUAAAAAGAUAUUCAACUCAAAAUAGUACCAAAGAAACUUAAAAUGUUGAAACUGAACAUUUGUAUUUUUUUCCUCCUUUGGAAUACUCUAUUUGAUAUCACUACCAUUUUCCAAUUUUUGCAGACAUUUAAUGUUUCCAGAUGUGCCGGGAAGUUCACAUUUAUUGUUUUCGAUACACAAAACAGAACAUUUAUGUCUGAGCUGACAUUUUAGCCGUUAGAUGUAAUAUAUUUGCAUUUAAACGAGAAAAGCAAGCCUUGUUGCUUUUUUCUAGUCGUCUUUAUGCCAAGCUAGGCUAGCAGCAUCAAAGUGUUUUUAAAACUCUCUAUUUUCAUCUCUAUUUUCAUCUCUCACCUCAGAAAGAGACACAAUACUGAACCGUUGUCAAACCUAUAACCCGUCACAUGUUUCGCUCAGCAUAGAAAAUGCUCAGAGAUAGUUUUGUUUUUUGCAGAGAUUUGAAUUGAAGAGUUUGGUACCAUAUUCUGUGGGAACAGCAAAACCAUCUAGUCUUUAGAAUGGUUUGUAAAGGUAAAUCUAAAUCAAAUACCAUGAUCCAUGAUGGUUUGAUUGAAAUUAUUGUCUUAAAUCCAGUGUUUAAUGGCUUUCUGAUGGCUAAAUAAUAUUUUAUUUAAUUUUGAAAUGACCCAGAGGUGAUCAUAAAUAAUAAAUCUGUGCGUCCUUCAGUAUCUCAUUCUGUCUGUAUAAGAAGUAUAACUCAACUAAUAUAACAUCACUCAGUCCAGGAGACUGUAGAGUGACAAAAAAGAAAAAAAAAUUGACAAAAAAGUGAGCCGUAAACAAGCAUUGGACGGGCCGACUCUAUCACAGGGGAAACAGACCUUCAACAGAUGUUGUUCGAACUAGAAAUAAAAACCAGGGUUGAAUUCAGUAUCCAGCAGCCUUUAUUCCAAAUUACCCUUAUGUAAAACUUGAAAAAGAACCCAGAAGGAGAAGAUAAACAGAAUUAUCAAAAGAUAAAGCAGUAUUUAUAGAGUGGAGUCAUCAUUAGACAUGGAUGAGCACGGAAAACGUUCCGUAUAUUUUCGGUUCGAAUACAGAAAAUCGCUUUUUUUCGCUCCUCUUUACUAGGCACCAGAAUGUGUAAACAACACACCACAAAUAAACCUGGAGGACAUUAAGAUUUAUUGAAAUUGUUUACGCACGACGAGCGUGAGAGCUAUUGCAUUGCAGAGGGACCCUGUGAGUGUGGACUUGAAACUCUGCGUCGAUGCUCGGCCGUGUGUUGUGUAACGAUGAGACCCAUCCAGGAAUUUCAUACAGGUCUUUUCCCCCGUACAGCUUCUUUUUUUUAUUUCCUUCCAGUUCAUUGUUGAUUGGCCAUCCAGGUUUAUUUACAGCAAACCAACUGUGCUUUUUCUUGAAAUGAAAAAAAACCCCACAAUAAAGAUGGCGGAUAUCUGACAUACAUGCAUGGAGGGUGACACACAUUUUGGGGUGUCCCGCUGUUCCAUACGGUGAAAUAAAAAAAGGUUUCGGUUUUAAGAGCUGGACGUGAAUCUACAAGCUCCCAAUUAACCGUAUGGGCCACAGAACCACAGCACAACAACGGACACAGCACCUGCUCUGCUAUUUAAAGUGCAGAAAAAAGACAAACUGCUAGGAUUCCUGCAGUUCAUUUGCCUCGGAAAAAUGGCGGAUUUCAGAAAGGACGUUCCUAAAUGGGUUAGAGCCCAGUUCCAGGCUCGUCUGACUUUUAAAUAACUUCGAAACGUCACGGGGAGACGAUCAAAACCACCCAGAGGACCAGAGGGGCCGUCCGGCAAUUACUGUGGCUUAAAAGGAAUAUUUGUCAUGUGGAAUUUUUUUUUUUUAUGAUUUAUGAAUGAGUGUAUAUAUUGCGGAUCAAAAGGCAUAUGUCAGUAAAUGUGUAUCGUAUGCAGGUUGAAAAUAAAGUGAAGCAAAGUGUGCGACUUUUUCUUUAAACUCGGUCCCUGUCACGGCACGGAGAUGGAUGGCAAAUACUUGAGAGCCAGCUGCUUGAUGACAAGGCCGUUAAGAAAUAUGGUGCUGUGGCAGAGACUUUUCAGCGUGUGCGUGCUCUGCUAGGAUCAUCGUUUUGGGAAAUGCCUGGCAGUGUGCGGUUCAGAGUGGAACAGCAGACAGAAUGCAAAUUAAAGGAGAAACCAACAACGUGAAUGUGUCUUAUUAAUCCGUCAGUGUCCCGUAAGCUGUAAGAAUAGCUUCAGAUGGACCAAAAAUCCUCUAAAAAAACAUAUUCCAUUGGUGGUGAUGGUUUCUUUUUGUAAUCAUCAAACUAUCCAGUGACCCCUGGGAGAUGUUAACUCCCAUCAGGACAGAAAUGCUUCCACACAGGAACAAAUUUAUCAUUCAGCUUUCUCCCGUUUUCUACUGAUACAAUUCUACAGCACAAUUGGACCUAAAAUAUCCCAACGUCUCAACACUGUCAGGGUCACUAGAUCUGGUUUAUCCCAUUAAUUUGUUGCUGUCUGUAGCCUAGCCUAGCAUAAAUCCAGGAAGCAUGUGAAACCGGUUAGUCUGGCUGUGUUAAAAGUUUAAAAAUUAAUAAAUGAAAAGUUUCAGAAUGGCUCUUGUUCACCUGCUAAAUAUAAUUAAAUCUUGGUGAAAAGCUACACAUGGUGUGAUUUCUCAAAAAUGUGUUUCCAAUGAGAUGCAAAAUAUGUGACAGAUAAAAAUAGAGACACUGCAUGUAAAUUAACUUUUCAAAAUUUUGGACAGAGCUAGGCUUGCUACUCAACCAUGCUUCAAGUCUUUAAGCUAAGCUAAUUGACUGUGAACCUCACCCUUCAAUCAAACCACAUGAGAGCAUGUACAUUUUUUGACUAUAUGGGGUUCCUGAUCCAGCUUUUGGAAGUUAAUGAUGUACAGAAUCAAUGCAUUACCCGCUGCGAGACCUUAUGAUACCACAAGUGAUGUAAUAUUGCUCGUCUUGGCGUUUAAGAGGGUUUUUUAGUCUUUUUGGUUGGACAAUGCUAGAGUAGCAUAUCGGUAUAAAACAAAACCACCUGUCGAGACCGGUGUAAAGACGACAACUUUGAACACACGUCAGUCGGAUCCCACGUAGCACAAAAGACCCAAUCUACACUUCACUUAGCCCUAUGGAGCACCACGUAAUGACCAAACGAAAACGGGGUUAUCGACUCGUUUUUCCCGCGGCUCUGAAAAAGCAGGAGGUUCACAUCGUUUUCACAUAAAUACAGCACUUCUCAGACGAUUACUUGCUACGAGCCUUUGACUCGCUCUAAUGGGUCGGGGGUAAGGACAAUAUACACUGCAGAGAGAAGGGAGAGGACGGGUUGUGUAGACCAACCACACGGUUUUCAUAUCUACUGUACGUAACUUGAUGGACUACUAAAUAACUAUCCAUUCUAACACCACAACUCCAUGUUAGAACUGCACAACUUGGAGACGUUGACGCAGCAUACGUUCUAUUUUUUUACGCCGUUUUUUGUUUUGUUUUUCAGACAGGAAAAAAAAAAAAACA